AUGGGCCAUUUCAUUUCAAAGUGUCUGAACAGAAAGAAAAGAAGCGUGGUUUUCCUGGGAGCACCUGGCUCAGGGAAGAACAGCAUAAUAAAAAUACUUAGAAAGGAAAAGAACAGCUCUCCUCCAAACAACAUGUACCAGGAGUUUACAGUCCAUGGAAAAGGGUACGCAGUGGACGUAUACGACGUAUCAGAGGAAGAGAAGCACGUAAACUUCUGGAAGUUCUAUUUUGAAAAUUGCUCAUUGGCAAUAUUUGUAGUAAAUAUAUCAGACGAGGCUAAGAUAGCGCAGGCAAAAGAAGUCUUCGAGAAUUUCUUCACUUCAUACGGCCUCAACAAAGAGUCCAUUCUCUUCCUAUUAAACGACGGAACCAUCGAUCAAAUCAAAGAAGAAGAAGACGCUGCGCCAAAAAGAGUGGACAGCUCUGCAAUGGUGAGGUCUUUCAUCAACGAGCACUUCUCUGCGAUCCUCGGGCUGAACAGAAAGGUGCUAGCAAAGCACAUGGUUGUCUCCUCUGAAACAACCAAGAACAAGCUGCUUUCGUUCAUAUGCAAGAACCUCCACGAAUAA